AUGGAUGUAGUGGAGAGAGGAAAAGGAAGGAAGAAGAAAAAGGGAGUGGUAACGAAUAUAGUUAUUUUUGAAGGUGAAACGGCAAUCAACUAUGACGAGCCGGUGCGUCGAUGGCUCUGCUGCUACCUUUUCCACCGUAGAGGACAGCGCAGCGAGAGGAAUGCGUUGGAGACAAUCGUCCACGAGGAAGCAGAGACUGCUGGAGACCCUGCAUUUCGGGCGAAGGCGCACAAAUUUGCCCAGAUGCUCUACUACCAGGAUGACGUCGCCGCAGAGAGGCAAAAGCUUGAGGCCGAUCGCAAAGCUUUGGAAGUAGAGCGUCAGAUCAUUCCAAUGAAAUUCCGCAUGUAUAAUUGGGGCAAACCUGCACCGCUUGCUUUCACGGAGCGGGUCCUGAGACAAGAGUCCAGAAUUGGACUAUGCACCACUUUCGAUAAGUGUAUAAAGGGUUAUUCUGCCAAAUAUAUGCGGUGA